UCAACUGCAGUAGAACACGCAGUCGGUUUUUAGAGUUAAAAGGGAAUUGCGCACUUUAGCAAAAGUUGUUUUUGGAGGCUGUGCACAAUAAGGCUGGACUUGGCUCACUAUGCAGGAUGCGGAGUGAUGGCUGAUUAGCCCUGCAUGUGAAUCAGAGCAGCACAACCCUUUUUUUAUACUUUGGAUCAGAGGUGCUUAUGAAUAUUUUUGAUGACAUGUCUGGAAAUAAGUUUUUAAGCAGUAAAUUCUGAGUCUGAAACUUGGCAGCCCAGGGAAUUUGGUGCAGGCUGCAUGGAGAGCCAUGCGUGAAACAUUUUUAUUAAAGCAAAUGCAGCCCAGAAAGACCAACAAUGUCUGUUUGGUAGGUUUCUAACCUUCUGCUGGUCGAAUGUAUCGGGAGAGUGUCUGAAGGCCUGUAAAAUGCGUUGGCUUUUGCAAUUAGUACUUAUAUUAUGUAGCUAAUGAUUCAUUUUGAGGUCUGGUUCCUGUGUUUUUGCAGUGGCUGUGUUCUGUCGUGUGAAACUAAAGACUGUAGCAGUUGGACUAGAGCCGUGGAAUCCUAUAUGGUUUAUUGUUUUACGCCAUCUGAUUUAUGUUAACAGACUGAGGAAAUUCUGCAGUUUUGCUAAUCUUUAACACUUAUUUUUUACACCAAAAAGUAUUUUUCAUCAUUGUUCUAUAUAACCUACAAAUCAAAAUAUAAUUCUGGUAGGGUAGCAGUUACCCAUUUGAUUUUUUAUGGGUUUUAUAUCGGCUUACACAUUUUUAUAAGAGAAUAUUUUUUAAUAUAAAUGGUUGCAGCACUGCCUUUCAAACACGUUCCAGAUGUUAUACUUUCACACUUUCUGUGUGAUCCCGGUCAUACUUGUUGCCUAGGUAAUACCAGUCAGUGUAAUAUUUUUCUCAGGUAAAGUUUCAGAUAAGACAGCACAGCAGGAAAUGUGUGAGCUCGUUCUAUAAAGGACAAGUUCACCCACCCCUGUUGAAGGCAGUGUUUUACGUGCCUCUUCAAGAUCCACCUGUUCAGAUUGCACAGUACAUGGAAUAAGAGAAGUAACAAUUUCUUGGUAAUCUCAGCGGCUCAGCUUUAACACAAAGUCCUGGAGAGUUGUUCGGAAGAUUUGGUUACUGCACGUUCUCUCUCGCUCUCUCUCGCACACGCACACACAUCUGGAAAGGAUCUCUUGGUGGUAGUGGCACCGUCUCUGUCGAGCUCAGGGCUUCUUCCAGUCCUGACAUGGGAUUGUGUUUUGUGGAUUUUAAAGUCAGACUUUAUCACUUCCUUCAGCACUAACCCGAGCCAAUAAAGAUUGCUGCUGGCAGGGAGGGGUCCCUAUUCAAAGCCUUGCGAAAGGGACCCCAUUUAGAGAGGCUGAGGAGGCACUCGUUUGCCGUCUCGAACAACUGCUUUUCCAGAGUAAUACCGAACAUGACGCAGGCCAGGGGGCUCCUGUUCGUGUUGUUGGUGCUGUCGCUGAGCUGGGGGCUGGUGCAGUGCCAAGCUGAGUUGCAGGAAGAAGAGGAGGAGGAAGAAGAGGACGAGUGGGUAGAAGAGACAACCCCCCCCACUGUUAAGUUGACAGAGGUGGUGGACUGCCCUGAGGACUGUGCCUGUACUCCUGAGGGGGUGGUGGACUGUGCUGGGGUGGACUUGGAGCAUUUUCCCAGUGGGCUGCCAGACACCACUCGGCACCUCUCUCUACAGAACAAUCAGAUACAAGCAGUGACGGUGGAUGAGCUGUCUCGACUCUUCAGACUGGAGACACUCAACCUGCAGAAUAACAGGCUCACAUCUCAUGGUCUUGAUGAUGAGGCAUUUGAACUGCUGGAUCACCUCAGUUAUUUAUACUUGGCAAACAACAAGCUCACUACUGCCCCCAAGUCUCUGCCCUCUUCACUGGUCAGCGCAGACUUUGCAGCCAACCAGUUAACCAAGAUCUACCCAUAUACCUUUGGACAGAAGCCACAUCUCAAGUCAGUGUAUCUUCACAACAACAAGCUGACUGAUGCUGGCCUUCCUGACCAGAUGUUCAAUGGCUCUGAUGCCCUAGAGAUCCUCAUCAUGUCCAGCAACUUCCUCAGAUUCGUGCCCAAGAACCUGCCUUCUGCCCUCUACCGCCUCCACUUAAAGAAUAACAAGUUGGAGAGGAUCCCUAAAGGAGCUUUUGACAAACUGCCCUAUUUGCGGGAGUUGUACCUACAGAACAACCUCCUGAGGAACGAUGGCAUGGACAAUGAGACUUUCAGCAACCUGAACCGCCUGGAGUACCUGGACCUGUCUAACAACAACCUGACCGUGGUACCGAAGGGGCUCCCUCGCAGCCUGGUACUUCUGCACCUGGAGAAGAACUCCCUCCAGAGCAUCCCAGCAGACGCGCUGACCCCCAUCCGCAACCUGGAGUACCUGCUGCUCCACAACAACAGGCUCCGGGCCCGCUCCAUUCACCCGCUGGCCUUCCAGGGCCUGAAGAAGCUGCACACGCUGCACAUGUACAACAACAAGCUGGAGCGCGUGCCCCGUGGGCUCCCCCGUCGUGCCAAAACCCUCAUGCUGCUGCACAACCAGAUCCUGGAGAUCAACCGCAAUGACUUGGCCAUGCUGUACACCCUCACUGAACUCAACCUUAGCUACAACAAGCUCACCAGCCCCCGCCUGCACCGCGAGGCCUUCCGCAAGCUCCGGCUGCUGGAGUCCCUGGACCUCUCGGGCAACGAGCUCCACAGCCUCCCGGCUGGCCUGCCUAGGAGUCUGCAGAUCCUUAAGGUGAAGGACAACCAGCUGGUCACUAUCCCUGAUCGCGCUCUCGGCGGCAUGACCAAGCUGCGUGAGCUCAACCUCAGCAGCAACCAGCUCAAGAUCAACUCCAUCUACCAGGGGGCCUGGCAGGAGCUCAGCAGUCUCACUACAUUGGACCUGUCCAGGAAUCUUCUGACCCACAUUCCUUCUGACCUGCCGGAAUCUCUGGAGUACCUGUACCUGCAGAGUAACCGCAUUAGCACCGUGUCCGAGAGCGCUUUCGAGAGUACGCCCAACAUCAAGGGCAUCUUCCUCAGGUUUAACCGACUGUCUGUGAACACCGUGCAGGAGAGCUCCUUUGCCAGCCUGAAGCACCUGCAGGUGCUGGACAUCGGCUCAUCUUCGAAGAGCUUCAUCCCGGGAGAGGAAGAGGAGGAUGGAGGGGAAGAGGAAGGCCAGGAGGAUUACAAGUAAUCCACUGCUAGUGAAGUGACCGGUCAGACACCUUCCGCUAACCCCAUUCCCAGUUACUUUCUUAAUUGUAGAAGAGACAGGAUGGAGCCUUUUGUGCAUCUACUUUGCUUGUUUCGUUCCACCAUAGUGAGGACCUCCACAUCACUCGGACUUCUAAAGUAACAGAUCCAGUAAACAUGUCACAGAUACACUUAUGUCCAUUCUCUUUGGAAAGUGGGAGAAUACUAACAAAGAGAACAUUAGAGAAGUUUUACCCACUUUGUGCCAGAGUUUUUACAUCAAGAAAUUCAUCCUUUCAUCUCCUCAUCUGGAUGCCAAAUGGGGCCGACAUUCAGCAGCUCCUCAAGGAGAAACUGAAGAUUUGCAUAAGCCGAUGUUUUGAGCGCAGCAUCUGCAAUACUUGUCGAGCUGAAAAAGGAACACGGAUACCAGAUUUUUUUUCCAACAUAUUUUUCCCGUUCUUUUUCAAAUGCAAUGAUCAUGAGAAGAAAAAAUGAAAAGGACAAGAAUUUAGCAACGAAUCAGAAAUGAAGACUGUAAAACAGAAAUGUGUUACAAGAGCAGAAGUCAGACUGAUUUUUGGUGCAGGAUGCCAAAUAUGUUGCAUUUGGCUUCGCUUUUCUUACUGUUGUUAAUGCCAUUACAUUCCCUUGCCUUUGCAUGUUCUUUUUUUCUGCAUCACGUGCAGCAUCAUGUGUUCAUGGACACCACAUGUAAUCCUAGAAUGCAGCAGUUUCUUAGCAUACUUAGCAAAAUAGCAUACUUGUCAUCUGGGGGUCAUCAAAGUGAUGAGCCAAUUGAAAACUCUACUUGGACUGGUUUUCAAUUGCUUAAAGAACAGCCAGUGACAGAAGAGGGGAAUCCAAGCCAGCACUGUCGAUCUAAAAGCUGCAGACAUUUCUGUGAUUGGAUUCAAGACUUCUGCCUGCCUCUCUUGAAGAACAUGAGGAAUUCAACCAGUGUUAUUCAGUACCCGAAUCAGUGGAAUUAAGAGGAGGCGCUUUGUCAGAAAUCACUUGUGCUUGCACGUUUCAGCAUUUCAGAUAUGAUGCUUGACUCUAUUCGCACACGUUAACUGGCUUUAAGUUCAGCCUUGGCAUCCUUUUAGCUUGUUUUGCAUCAUUCAAUGCAAGCACCUUAUUUUGUGCAGCUAGAGAUGUCUCUGCUGCUUUCUUUUUUUAACUUUCGCUUUAAGUUUAGUACUCUGAAUAUGUCUCACUUCUCUUAUUGAAGAUAAAGUUUAUAUUUUUUUUAUGAUUCAUUAUAUGGAAAUACUCCUUCACCAAACACUAUAGAAGAAGCAUUGUAUCUCACGUUCACAUUUAUGUUGAACAUGCUAUUACACAAUAAAUUAUUUGAUGGACUGUGGAA